AUGAUCGACGAUGGAACGAAACGUGAAUUCGAAGCGACGAUCGGUUUAAAUUUGGCUCUGCUGAAAUUUUCCGGCGUGGUCUCGCACGAGAGAGGAUUCGUCAGUCGAAACAUCUUAGCUGUAUUAGGAUUGUUUUGCAUAACAAUUUUCUCCGUCUCGUACGUGCACGAAUUCGUAACGAAUCUCAACGAUGUGGCCAGCAUGUUAGAAUCGUUCGCAAUGGUCAUCCCGCUCGUAGGUGGGCAAGCACGAUACAUGGCUGUCUUAUGGUUUCGUGACUCCUGUCGGGCGAUGUUGAACGUUUGCGAGUAUUUCUGGUCGACUUUAAACUCGUACGAGAAGGGGAUCGUUCGAAGUUACACGAACAAGGCGAAGCUAUUGACUCGUUUUUACGUGGCUGUUUGUGUUUUAACUAUAUUCUUGGUUUUGCUUUUCUCCUUGAUGUCGAGUAUGACUGCCGAACCGAAGCGUGACACUUCUGAAGAAAACGUCACGACGAUUCGUGAAAACGCGAGCAGCUUCGCUCCGUCGGAAGCGAACGGAGAACCAUUGAACGCGACGGACAACAAGCGAUAUUUACCAUACGCGUUCUUCGUCGACGUUCAGGGAACACCGUGGUACGAAGUCGUCUACGUUCUUCAAAUCACGUUCAUGAUGAACGUCGGUUUCACCUGUGUCGGUGCGGACACUAUCGGCCCUUUGUUCAUUCUGAUCACCUGUGGAUAUUUCGACGUGAUUCGAUCGAGAAUUGAAAACUUCCAUUUGCUUGAAUCGUCGUUGCCAAUUACAGCGGAGACGGGGACGACGGCAGAGGCUACGUUGGUCACCACAGCAGAAUCGUCGGCGAACGUUGACACGAAAAAAUUGCGAACGUGCGUGAUCCAGCAUCAACUGUUACUGAAAUUUUGCAAGGACAUCCAACAACUCACGAGUUUAGUGUUCCUGACACAACUGUUCGGCAGCACGUACAAUAUCUCAUUGGUUGGUUUCAAACUGGUGAGCGUAAGUAUAUUUAAGCUCGCUGUUCAAAGAUUCUUCUCUCUGGGCACGAGCACGAUAAUAUUGCAAUAUUGAAUUUAUGAUAAACAGGACAACCCCGACAAGAGUAAAUUCGUCACGCAAGUGGUCAUCUUUGUUAUGCAACUUUUUAUCUGCAACUGGCCGCCGGACCUUCUUCUAUCGAAGGUAAAUCAUGUCAGAUAGUUAUGGAUAAUAUAGACACAAUUGUGUCUUUUUAGCGUGGAAGCAUGUUCUUUAAUUAUUUUCAAAGUGAUAUUACAGUUGCUCGAGUGCAGAUACAGAAAGUCUACGCUAUAUUUUUCAAACUUGAAAUGUUAAACUUGUAGAACGUGAUAGAUCUAGCAAUUGACACGUUUAUUAAAUUUUGCACUGAUUAUGAUCAGACGCAUAUUUAA